GUUAAUUGAAAAAAAAAAAGCAAAAUAUCAAAAAAAAGAUAAGAUCAAAUAAUUAUGGACCACAAUUCUUAAAAAAAACAAAAUAAAGUCAAGUCUGCGCUGCUUAAGAUGGUCAAACACACAUACACACACACAGUGAAGCAGAAAGAAAGGAAAGGAAAGGAAAGAAGGGGAAAAAUGAGGGAGAAAAGCGAAAUAGUAAGAAAAGCAGAACAACUAGUGGAAGUGAAGAUGAAAGGAAACGAUGCAUCCCACGAUGCUGCUCACGCUUUCCGUGUUCGCGAUCUCGCCCUCUCCCUUGCUCUUGAACAACAACAACAAUCCCAUCCUCCUUCCAACUCACCAAUUUCACUACAAAUCGUUGAGCUAGCUGCACUCCUACACGAUAUAGGAGACUACAAAUACUUGAGGGAUCCAUCUGAGGAGAAAAUUGUAGAGGAUUUUCUCGAAAAAGAGGGUAUGGAUAUGGAUACAAGCAGCAAAAUUUUAGCUAUUAUAAAGGGAAUGGGUUUCAAAGAGGAAGUAAGUGGACUCGCCAAUGGUUCUCAUAUACCGGAGUUUGGUAUUGUGCAAGAUGCUGACCGCCUUGAUGCAAUUGGUGCUAUUGGAAUUGCUCGUUGUUUUACCUUUGGUGGAAGUAGAAACAGAGUGCUUCAUGAUCCUAGUAUUCAGCCCCGAGUGGACUUGUCGAAGACCCAAUACAUGAAUAAAGAUGAACAAACAACUGUGAAUCAUUUUCACGAGAAGCUCUUUAAGCUUAAGGAUUUAAUGAAAACAGAGGCUGGGAAAAGAAGAGCUGAAAAAAGGCACAAGUUUAUGGAGGAGUUUCUAAAAGAAUUCUAUGAAGAAUGGGAAGGGAAAGCAUGAGUAUCAGCAACAAAUCUUUUAUUUUAUAUGUAAGUUACAAUAAAAUGCAUUUCCAUUUUUUUCUUCUUCCCCUGUCUACUUAUCAUCUUUCUGCAUUCUGUGCAAUACAAUAUCGACUUAUAAAUA